UCAAUGUCAUAUGUCAUUGUUUUGUCAAAAUGUCAAUCGCCUAAGGGAUUUGUGAUGAAUGAAUUUUGUUUGGUUAAAAGAAAGUGAAGUUUUUCUUAGUAAAAAUGGACGUUUUUAAUAAGUUUUAUUCGUCGGUUAGUAAUACUGUAUCCCAAUUAUCUGGAGUUUUACCAGGAAAUCCUGUCACAAGAGAAUUUGAAGCAACACAAUUUAUUGCAAGCGCAGGACCAGGUCUUCUUUGGAAAGUUUAUAAGGGUUACAAAAAAUCAACAAAACAAGAAGCUUCUAUAUUUGUGUUUGAAAAGAAACUUCUCGAUCGUUGGACGAAAGCCGACAAAGAUGUAAUGAUCGAGAUAUUGAGGCGCGGCAUCGUGCAGCUUACAAAGUUGCGCCAUCCGCAGGUCCUUACGGUGCAGCAUAGCUUGGAGGAGAGCCGAGAGAGUCUCGCAUUUGCCACCGAGCCUGUCUUUGCAAGCCUGGCAAAUAUUUUAGGCAACACAGAAAAUAUGCCUCAACCCAUUCCCAAUAAUAUGGUUAAUUAUAAAUUGUAUGAAGUGGAAAUAAAAUAUGGUUUGAUGCAAAUUGCUGAGGGCCUGGCGUUCCUCCACAAUGAUGUAAAGCUCCUUCACCACAACAUAAGUCCCGAAUCAAUAGUAGUGAAUCAGCAAGGUGCUUGGAAAAUAUUUGGUUUUGAUUUCUGCAUAGCAAAUCAGAGUUCUCCUGGUGCAGCACCAUUUUGGCCGUUCACGGAGUACUGUCAGGCGCUGCACCCAUUGACCCAACCCGCUUUAGACUACCUGGCACCUGAAUAUAUUUUGUCUGCAAGUCAUUCCCCCGCAAGUGAUAUUUACUCUCUGGGUAUGUUGAUUUACGCUUUGCACAGUACGGGGCAUCAGUCAUUGGGGAAUAUAGGAAAUGACUACAUGAAGUUCAAGAAGUUUGCAAAUGAGCUGAGGAACCUUCCUCAGUCCCGUUUGCUCUGCGUGACGGAGGGCCUCAGGGAAUAUGUGAAGCUUAUGUUGAACACAACACCAGAGCUGCGGCCGGACCCGCACCAGUUUUUAAAAAUUCCAUACUUUGAAGAUGUUGGAGUGAAAACAUUGAAUUAUUUGGACUCACUAUUUCAGUGGGACAAUUUGCAAAAGUCACAAUUUUACAAAGGACUUCCUCAAGUUAUACAGAAAAUGCCUCAUCGCAUCUGCAUAUACCGGAUCCUUCCGUGUCUCAGCAAGGAGUUCGUCAACCCCCCCAUGGUGCCGUUCGUGCUGCCCAAUGUUCUUUUGAUUGCAGAAAACUCAACCAAAGAGGAGUAUGUGAAGUACAUACUUCCCGUACUGAAGCCCGUUAUGUUGAUUCAAGAUCCCAUACAAAUUCUGCUCAUAUUUAUGCAAAAAAUGGAACUUCUGCUGAAACUGACCCCCGGGGAGGAAGUGAAGAGUGACAUCCUGCCGAUGCUGUACCGAGCGCUGGAGUCCGAGGCGCAGCAGAUCCAGGAGCUGUGCUUGUGCGUGCUGCCGACCUUCGCCGCCCUCAUCGACUACCCCGCCAUGAAGAACGCGCUGCUGCCCCGCAUCAAGAAGCUCUGCAUCAGCACCGGCUACAUCUCGGUGCGCGUCAAUUGCCUGCUCUGUUUGGGGAAGCUGCUGGAGCACUUGGACAAAUGGUUGGUGUUGGACGAGAUCAUUCCGUUCCUGCCGCAGAUACCCUCUCGAGAGCCGGCGGUUCUGAUGGGGAUCCUAGGCAUAUACAAGGUGGCGCUGAGUCACAAGAAGCUGGGCAUAACGAAGGAGGUGAUGGCGACGAAGGUGCUGCCCUUCCUGAUCCCGCUGUGCGUGGAGAACGGCCUCACGCUGAGCCAGUUCAACGCGCUGGCGGCGCUCGUGCGACAGAUGGUGGCCGCCGUCGAGGCCGAGCACCGCGCCAAGCUCGAGCAGCUCAACUCCAUACAGAACGAAUCCAAGUUAGUUCCCACUACUUCGAUUCAACUGAUGCACCUCAUGAUCACCAGGCUGGCUCAGCAGCAGGCCACGGCGCGCAGCUUCACCCGCCAGCCCCCCCCGGCGCACCGCCCCCGCCCCCUGGACCUCACCGCCUCGCUGCUGCAGGCCAACCUCACGCAGCUCUCUCAGUCGCCCCGCCCCGCGCCCGGCUACAUGCCCGCCAGCCGCGUGCCGCUCGGGCAGGACGGCGCCAACUUCAACAACAAGUGGUCCGGCAGCCAGGGCCGGCAGACCGGCGUCAAGCAGGACUGGUCCGCCUUCGAGUCCCUACUGCCCGCCCCUCACCAGCCCGACAGUCAGCACGACACCAACAAGAACAACGUCAAGGCGGGCAGCAGCAGCGAGAUGCUGGACUUGCUGAGCUAGAGCGGUGGCGAUGGCGGUGUCAGGGUCUGGGUCAGGGUAAUGUUUGAAGUACGUUGUCUGUUGUGAUGUCAGUGACUCCUGUAUGUAUGUGUAUACAUGUUACAUUGCACCGGUUUGCUCGUAUUGUUCACACGAAGGAGUACGUAAGUAAGUCAAACUUCCAAUGCGAGUGUUCCACACUGGAAAACUUUGUUCGGUUUUGAUGUAACAUAAUACAUUCCUAUUGUAGUGCAACAUGGCGCGAGGAACUCAUUAAAACUAUUGUUUUUGUCCAACAAAUUUUAUUUAUAUAAUUUGAAAUCAUAUAAAAUACUUUAUAAUAUAAGGUUUUAAUAUAAAAUACAAAUGUAUAUUGAAUAAAUUAUAAGUAGAUAUAAAACACAACAUAAAUUAGCUUAAACGAAACAUAAAGAGCUUCUAUGUUUGUUUGUUUGUUUGUUUGUAUUUGUGGUGUCUCAGUUCGCUUGUUUGCGUUCACUGAACACGCACUGUAACUGUAACACUUCUGUAACUCUUGCAUAUCUCAGAUUAUUCAUAUACCAUUGUAAAUACUAAAUACACUGAUCAAAUGUACAUUAACCGACGCACUCACACUCACACUCACACUCGCUCAUUAAAUGCGCACUGAGGGACUACGUUACUGAACGCUUGCACAUUCUCACUCUUUUUAUCUGAUUAUCUUAAAAUAUGUUAGAAGAAGUGAUGCGCCGCGUUUGUCUGUGUCUGUGUCCUGUCUCAUCACCUAUAGUUGUAUAGUUUGUAUGUCUGCAGCGCGCCGAGUGCGCCGAGUGCGCCGAGUGCGCCGAGUGCGCCGAGUGCGCCGAGUGCGCCGAGU